CGGCCACAUACGCGCUUAUAUUCGCGACAGGCCGACAGCCGACAAGGGCUAGAAAAACAUUCGUGUAGAGUCGAAAAUUGAGAGCGCGCGCAGGGCCAGCCUACGUAUAUAGUCGCUUCUAGCGCCCGAAGAGCGUCGACGCAGCAGCAGCAGCAGCAGCAGGGACGCAGAGACAGAGAGCUAUGCCCUCGGCUAGUUUCCGUGUCAGACUCGGCGCCGCUAGUGCGUAAACCGACCAACUCGCGAAGAGUCGUCCGCUGCUCGCAGCAGCCGUGUCCGUCCGCUGUUCGAGAGCAGAGAGAAGGGAAGCGUCCCCCGUCUUUUUUUUCUUCAUUUUUAGUUGCGUCGCCGUGACGAGUUGCGUGUGUCGUGUGUGCCUUCUUUAGUCCUGCUUCCUUUUCCUCGUCUAGCCGCGAGUCUCGCGCGCUGCACUGAGAGAUACAGAGAGUGAACACACGCGCGGGAGUAGGAGGGAGUCGGGUUGCGGCGAUAAAGAAGAAGACGGAGUGCCCGGAGAGAGAGAGAAGAGAGGGAGCAGUGUGCCGGCUCCUAUACCUACUCGCGUGCUCUGUGUGCUUAUACCGCGAGUCUGUGCGUGGCGUGAAGUGUCCCGUGCUCCGCUUGAGUUUGACCAUCUGACAUAGAGAGAAGGCGAGAGCAGCAGCAGCAGCAGCCGGCGAGCAGUCCAUAGACAAGCUAGACGGAUAAGGAGAAGCCGAAGCCAUGGGGAACGUCCACACUUGCGGACCCAACGAGGCGCUCGUCGUGUCAGGAGGAUGUUGCGGCUCGAUGAAGAAGCGCACGAUCGUAGGUGGCUACGCCUUCACCUGGUGGUUCGUCACGGACGUCCAGCGGCUCUCGCUGGAGGUGAUGACGCUGAACCCGGUGUGCGAGAGCGUCGAGACGGCCCAGGGUGUGCCGCUGACCGUGACCGGAGUCGCCCAGUGCAAGAUCAUGAAGGCCGACGAGCUGCUCAGCACCGCCAGCGAGCAGUUCCUCGGCAAGAACGUCCACGAGAUCAAGUCGACCAUUCUGUCGACCCUCGAGGGACACCUGCGUGCCAUUCUUGGAACCCUCUCGGUGGAGGAGGUUUACAAGGACAGGGACCAGUUCGCGGCGCUGGUGCGCGAGGUCGCCGCGCCGGACGUAGGCCGCAUGGGUAUCGAGAUCCUCUCGUUCACCAUCAAGGACGUCUACGACGACGUGCAGUACCUGGCGUCGCUCGGCAAGGCCCAGACUGCGGCGGUCAAGAGGGACGCCGACGUCGGUGUGGCCGAGGCUAACCGAGACGCCGGCAUCAGGGAAGCCGAGUGCGAGAAGGCGGCGAUGGACAUCAAGUACAACACGGACACGAAGAUCGAGGACAACGCUCGACUGUACCAGCUGCAGAAGGCCAACUUCGACCAGGAGGUCAACACGGCGAAAGCAGAGGCGCAGCUGGCCUACGAGCUGCAGGCGGCCAAGAUCCGGCAGAGAAUACGAAACGAGGAGAUCCAGAUCGAGGUGGUGGAGCGACGCAAGCAGAUCGAGGUCGAGGACCAGGAGGUGCGCAGGAAGGAGCACGAGCUUCAGAGCACCGUCAGGCUGCCCGCCGAGGCCGAGAGCUACAGGAUCGGCAAGGUGUCCGAGGGUAAAAGGGCGCAAACCGUGGAGGCUGCCAAGGCCGAGGCCGAUCGCAUCAGACUCAUCGGAGAGGCCGAGGCUCAGGCGCUCAAGUCGAUCGGUGUAGCUGAAGCCGACCGCAUGACGAUGAAGGCCGCUGUCUACAAGAAGUACGGAGAGGCUGCCAUUCUCAACCUCGUCCUCAACGCGAUGCCCAAGAUCGCAGCGGAAGUUGCUGCACCACUGGCCAGGACGGAGGAGAUCGUGCUGCUGGGAGGAAGCGACGUGACGAGCGGCGAGAUAACCCGCCUCGUCGGCCAGGUUCCACCGGCAGUCCAGGCCCUCACCGGCGUCGACCUCUCGAAAGUGCUUGGAAAGAUUCCGGGCGCCAAGUAAUUACAGCGAGAGCGCGGCAAAUGACGGGCAGCGACGACAUAGAGCCACUACUACUACUACACUGACGAGUCGUCGGAUUGAGGGAGAGACUGGCUGACGAUUAAAAUUGACCACAAACUACGAACGAUCCCUCUAUAUCUGCCUAUUUUCUCUCUCGCUAAUAAAUGUCUAGCACACUACAAAGAGUCUCAAGCUAUACAGUCGCGCGUUUUAUCUGUGUGUUGUUGCGAAGCGAGAGAGAAGGAAACGCGCAUCUAUAUGCACGUGUGCUUAGUGCGGCGUUUCUCCGACGAAGAAAAGGAAAGCAUGACAAAAAAAGAAGAAUUAAGGAAUGUUGAUUCAGAGAGCACAUUAAGAAAAUAAAAACCUGGCCUUAGUCGUUGAAAAUAAAAAAUUAAUUUUGCGUUUUAGUGUUUUCGUGAUCCACAAGCAGCUUUCUCGAUUCGCUCACUGUUUGAGUAAAAUACUUUUUUACUGAAAAAUCGAUGAAAAACUAACUUUGUUACAUGUAUAACGUUUUCUCGUUAUCGUGCAAGUGGAUAAUGCCGGACUUAAUUAUCAAGUCUUUUAAACAUUAAAAAAAGGGAUUCGAUCGUGACGACACACAAGCCUAUCUAUCAGCCUCUCUUGAUUAAUCAAAGAAACAGCACCUGUUACCUCUUUGCCACAAUAUUUAUACCUCCAUAGUUAGGUGACUUUUGUUUUUGUUCCCCUUUAUCUUUCUCUCUAACUUUUGAGAAAUUGUAAUACUUCGACAGCGCAAACAUGUAAAUUGACUGUUAUUGAGCUCGAAAGUAUUAAAUCGUCUCUACGAAAAAUGGCAUAGACAAUGCAUUUUUUUUUCUAAAUUUGAAUGAAAAAGUUUUAAUUAAACGCAUACAGCGCAAAAGAGUAAGUCAGCCAAUACCUAGAACUUCGGCUUAAAAUAAAUAUUUGCAUUCACUGCUUUUUUUAAUAUUUUGAAGAUUUAUUAGUAAUUAUUUUUCAAAUAGUUUCUUCUAAUGUUAGAAUGUCAAAUAAUUCCAAAACAUGAUGUUACGUAACUAAAUACACAUCUAUCUCGAAUAAUCUUAUAAUAAAAUUACAUUUUUUGUACAAAAAUGUAUAGUUUUAAAAAUGUGAUUGAUUUUACGUACAAAUUUUUAUGGAUGAAUAUUUAUAUACUGUAAAAAAUGCAUUCAAAUGCAUAUUUUUUACAUUUAUUUACAUAUAUUUUACUAAUUCCACAAUAAAAAUCACUGCCCUAUAUAUACUCGAUAUGUAAGGACACUGCCUUCGUAGUAGACGAGUUAAGCGCAGCUCGAUGACAGUCAUUAGUGCGUGUCUAAAUCUGGUAUAAUGCCAUUUACGAAUUAAAGUGAUCAAUGAUCUCGAUAAUAAAAACAGUUGAAUAAGAAGAGCUUGUCAAAAUUAUAAGACCGUUUAUUUUUGCGAUUGGAAAAAUGCAAUUUUCUCAAUCGAGCUGUGUUCAUCGUAAGUAGAAAAUUUCUCAUAGCGAGCGCUCUUCAUAAAACAAAUAAAAUGUGUAAAUAUUAAAUUAGUACGGCAAAUCGACCGAGCUUUUAUCCGUCUUACAAACAAAUAGUUCAAAUUUUUUUCAAAGACCUCUAUGGAUCGUUAAGCAUUGAGAAACUCCAUCCCUUUAAUUAAUUUUCUGGUUACAAAAGCAAUGUAUUAUGCAGAUAAAAAAAGAACUCAAUAGCAUACACGCAAGCAAAUUUAAUUAAUAUAAGAGAAAAACGUAUUCUACUAUACAAAUGUAUAAAGUUAAAAAAGUUCAUAUUUUCUCCUUUCCUGAGAUAGAUUAUUGAAACGAGAGAUUAAAAGUAAAAAAUACAAAAGUCAAUGAAAUUGUGUAAGAGAAACAAAACCAUACGAUACAUUUAUUGCUAUGAAUCUAUUAUAAUACCAAAUUUUGAUUUCAUAUAUUUUUACAUAAGGAUGUGUUUUUAAAAUAAAUAAUUUUGAAUAGUAACUCUUCGUUGAUAAAGUAAAACGAACUCAAAGUGAAACAUUACGAACUUCUGUUUUGUGCAUCUUCGAACGAAUUAUGGUGGUGUUGUGUGCGUUCAUUUUAUAUUUUUAUUUUUUCUCUCUGUAAUACAUAAACAUAUGCAUAUACUUUUAUUAAUUAUACACUUUUUGUAAUAAUUAUUAUCGUUAGGAUAACUGAUUCAUCUUUUGUGGAUAUUUGUAAUAAUUGUUAGCAAAGUUAAGUUUAAUAUUUACACGACCUUAGCGUCCCUGAAGCUGCAACUUUAUGUAUGUUUAAAUAGCAAAGAUUUCAACCGGAUAUAAAAGCUUUGAUUUGGCAAGCAACGCUUAGGGAUGUUAAGUAAUGGAAAAAUGGAUACUCUUUGUCUACUUAUUCGUGCGAAAAGAGAGGAAUAUUUAAGAUUUAGAUAUUUUUUGCUUGAAUUAUUAACACUUGCCUUUUGAGAUGAAAAAAUGUAUGAAAAUUUUAAGAAAAAAAAAUGUAUGAAAUUCUAAUGUGAGCGCUGGCAAGAUAAAGCAAGUAUAGAUCAUCAAUUAUUGAAGUUUUGUCUAAAAUUUAGACGUUUUUUAACAUUUUCUUUGAUGAAUUAAUUGACGAAUUGAAUUUUUGUAACUUUUACACCAAUGAAAAGUACAGUAAUAAUCAUAGAGCCUAAUUUUCUUCUAAGGCUGAUUGAGUCUAUACAGUUUGCUCGUUUUACAAAGCGUGUCCAUUUUAUAUAUACGAUUUGAUGAUUGUAAAAAAGGAUACCUUAAUCCAGUAAAAAUCACCGCAAUGUGAAUGGACUUAUGCACCAUAUUCAUAUGUUUGAUUAUUAGUUGGAAAAAAAUAUUCGUUGACGACGGCCACUGAUCCGAAGAAAAUAUAUGUGUACAUUUAAUAAUUUUUCGUGAUCAUCAGAAUGAAUAAUUAUAACUUACAGGCGUAUGCAAUCUCUGUGUUCCUGCAGCGCGCAAAUUUUACGGCUACGAUUUCAUUAAUGAUGAUUUUCUCUUGUUUGUCUAUUUUAUACUCUUGUAAAUAAAUACGACCAGACUCACUCUCGUGUAUAUGUGUGUAAGUCAAGCACGGGACAGAAUGUAGUGGCGUUUCUUAUGAUGUACGGGCAGAGCUCUCUUAGCAUUAACAUAAUUACAACUUGAGAUCCCUCAUCGCAUCAAUUCACACAAUUUUAAAUACACCCACACUUUUAAAGUACAUACAUAUAUUUUUUUAAAGUAAUAACUUUAUGCAAAUAUAUUGUUUUCAUUUUA